ACAGCGGUUACUAAGCAUUUUCAAGAUGGCGGACGGAUUGAUCGAAGCGCAGCGCGCUGAAAAUAAUCUGAUUACGGAAGGAAAAUAUGUUAUCUUGAAAAGCGGAAAUAACUUGAGAAUAGUGCAAGUAUUGAAGGAUAGGAAAAUAGCAUUUGAACGAUUGCACUUUUUCCUUGAUGAUGCUAUUGGAUGUCAUUACGGCACAACAUUUGAGGUGGACAGGGAUAAAGUGAGACCAUGUUGUGCUUCUGAUCACACAGAUGAACUUCUGUCAGUAGAACAGAGAGGGGAUACUGCAAGUAGCCAGCCUAUAAAAUGUGAUGGCGAUUCACAGAAACUCUCCAAGGAAGAUAUUCAAUCAUUAAAAGCCCAGGGACUCAGUGGAAAGGAUAUUGUUGAUCAGCUUGUACAGAACAGUGAAACUUAUAAAGACAGGACAGAGUUCUCUAAAGCUAAAUACAGGAAAAGAAAAUCUAAAAAACACAUUAUACGAUUUACCAUCCACAAACCAAACACCUGCCUUUUAGCAGAGACAUACUACUCAAAAAUGCCUCAAAAGAUAUGUGACCUUAGACCGGAUGCCCUGUCCCAGAUAUUGACGUUAGCCAACAUCAGAGCAAACUCUCGAGUUCUUGUCAUGGAGCAAUGUCAAGGGAUGAUUGUUGGUUCCAUCUUGGACAGAAUGGGAGGUUAUGGAAGCAUUGUCCAAGCUCAUAAUGGAGAUUUUCCAACAAGGAUAGCUAUGGACUAUUAUAAUUUCUCGUCUGAGUUUCUGAGCAUUGUACAUGGCUUUCCCUUGAUCAAACUGAACACCUUAACAGAGAAGACUGCUCCUGAUGAGAAAAUAAAGGAGGAAGACAGAGAACAGCCACAAGAUACAAGGAAGACCUCCAGAAACACUGAUCCACUCAGUUUGAGUAAAGCAGAACAGGAUAAACUCGCAAGACGAGAAAGAAGACUGCAAGAAGAACUUACAGCCAGGAACGAGCUGCUCAAAGGAGAUAUGGAUGCUCUGGUGAUUGUUUGCAAGUUCCACCCGGCCCCAGUCCUGAUGGCAUUACUACCGUUCCUGGCGCCGUCUCGCCCAUUCGUCGUGUUCUGCGCGUACAAAGAGCCUCUCAUGGAUUGUUACGUGAACGUGCGCGCAAAAGGCGGGGUGGUGCAUGCCAAACUGACGGAGACGUGGCUAAGAUACUAUCAGGUUCUUCCAUCCAGGACCCAUCCUCACGUGAACAUGAAUACUUCCGGUGGCUACCUGCUCUCGGGAAUCACCGUGAAAAACAACGCCCCUACUUACGGCACUAGCACCGCUGACCCCGCACCGACGAGUGAGCCGGAACUUGAGCCUCCGCGUAAGAUGGUCAAACAGGAAAGCGAUGAAAUAAUAAAACAGGAACUGAUAGAUAAUGAAUAAUUCUGGCAGUUUUCAAUAAUAAAAAAACCAGACAUGGCUAGUUA